AUGUCAGAUAAUCGUUUACUUUUUGUUGGUUUAAAGAAAAAUAUGGAAUAAGAUUUUAUAAAAGAGGAAAAUAAUUAUUAAGAUUAUUAAAAUAGUAAUACAAAUCUAAAUAACGAUGGAGAGUAAAUUAGUUCAAUAUAAAAUACUGAAGAUGAUUAGAAACCUUAAAUAAAUUAAUACUAUUAAGAUUAACACAUAGAGGAUUACUAUUGUAAUGUUAAAAUAGGUAAUUACGAAAAAAGAGUUGAUGAUAGGACAUUUCAUUGUCACAAUUAAAAAUAAAUAAGUCCACUUCUAAAUAAAUAAUAGCAACUUAAUUAAUAAAGCAAAUUUAAUAGUAACAAUUUCUUAAAAUCCAAUUAAUAAUUAUAAUAACAAACUAAUUGUUAAAAUUACUUAUAUUAUAACAAUAACUAAAGUAGAGAGAUAUAAAAUCAACGAAAUAAUCAAUUAAAUAACUAAUUUGAAUAUUAAAAUAAUGGACAGCUAUAAUUUUAAUUUUAAGAUUAUGUUAGCAUUUAACAUUAAAAAUCACUAGAUAAAAAUUUAAAUAAUAACAAUUAAACAUAAUAAAGCUAACAUAUUUAAAAUUACUAAAGAGAAUAAAAUCUACAAAAUUAUCAAUCACUUAACUAAUUUGAAUUUUAAAAUAAUGGAUAGUAAUAAUUUUAAAAUACAAAAUAAUUUUAAGAUUAUGUUGACAUUUAACAUAAAAAAUCAUAAGAAAUUAAUUUAAACAAUAAUUACUAAAACUAAUCAAGCUUACACAUUUACAAUAACCAAACUAGUUAAAAAUAAAAUCAAAAAAAUAAUCUAUUUCCUAACUAAUUUGAAUUUUAAAAUAAUGGACAGCGAUAAAUUUAAAAUAUAAACUAAUUUAAAGGCCAUUUUAACACUUAACAUUAAGAAUCAUAAAAUACUAAUUUAAAUAAUAAUUGUUAAAAAUAAUAAAGCUAACAUAUUUACAAUAACUAAAUGGAAUAAAAUCAACAAAAUUAUCAAUAUGAAUUUGAGAAUCAAAUUGAUUAAAAUUUUGAGUAAAAAUAUAAGUACCAGUAAUUUAAUGAAUUAGAAAAAAAUCAAAAGUAACAAUAUGAUAAUUUUUAAAGUUAAUGCUCAGAAAAAGGUUUAAAUCGUUCCUAUGAAUUAGAUGAUUAAGAAGAGCAAUAUAAUCUAAUCUAAACAGAAGUUAAUACAAAUAAUGCUUAUAUUUAAUAACCACAAAAUAUUAACUAACAUAGUUAAAAUUACCAAAAUAAUUGUAUUUCUUAAAAUUUUAAUUAUAGUUAUAAUUCAUAACGCAACUAAAAUUAAAAAAGUUUACAAGCUUAGCAAUUUUAAAAAUUGGAAAAUCAUGAUGCAAUUUUAUUUGACACAAGUAAUAUAAAUCAAGAAUAGAUUUAUCAAAAUAAUAACAAUUAAACAUAAUAAAGCUAACAUAUUUAAAAUUACUAAAGAGAAUAAAAUCUACAAAAUUAUCAAUCACUUAACUAAUUUGAAUUUUAAAAUAAUGGAUAGUAAUAAAUUUAUAAUACAAAAUAAUUUUAAGAUUAUGUUAACAUUUAACAUAAAAAAUCAUAAGAAAUUAAUUUAAACAAUAAUUACUAAAACUAAUCAAGCUUACACAUUUACAUUAACCAAACUAGUUAUGAAUAAAAUCAAAAAAAUAAUCUAUUUCCUAACUAAUUUGAAUUUUAAAAUAAUGGACAGCGAUAAAUUUAAAAUAUAAACUAAUUUAAAGGUCAUUUUAACACUUAACAUUAAGAAUUAUAAAAAACUAAUUUAAAUAAUAAUUGUUAAAAAUAAUAAAGCUAACAUAUUUACAAUAACUAAAUGGAAUAAAAUCAACAAAAUUAUCAAUAUGAAUUUGAGAAUCAAAUUGAUUAAAAUUUUGAGUAAAAAUAUAAGUACCAGUAAUUUAAUGAAUUAGAAAAAAAUAAAAAGUAGCAAUAUGAUAAUUUUUAAAGUUAAUGCUCAGAAAAAGGUUUAAAUCGUUCCUAUGAAUUAGAUGAUUAAGAAGAGCAAUAUAAACUAAUCUAAACAGAAGUUAAUACAAAUAAUGCUUAUAUUUAAUAACCACAAAAUAUUAACUAACAUAGUUAAAAGUACCAAAAUAAUUGUAUUUCUUAAAAUUUUAAUUAUAGUUAUAAUUCAUAACGCAACUAAAAUUAAUAAAGUUUACAAGCUUAGCAAUUUUAAAAAUUGGAAAAUCAUGAUGCAAUUUUAUUUGAUUAAAAUAAUAAUCUUACAAAUUAAUAAAGUUUGCUGAUUUCUUAGCAAUAUCAAGAAACAAAUUAAUAUAUAAAUUCUAAUCCUAUAGGAGGACUUUAAAAUGAAUGCAUAAUUGAAUGUGACACAAGUAAUAUAAAUAAAGAAUAGAUUUAUCAAAAUAUUUAAACAUCUUUUAUAAACAAUGAAAUAUAAAAUUAAGACAAAAAAGGAAUUAAACUGAAAAACAAAGCAAAAAAAAAUAAAACAUAAAAUUAGUCAAAAUUAAUUUAAAUCAGAGCAGUUAAUUUGUAAGCUAAUAUAGAUAAUUAUCUUAAUAGAAAUAAUAUUAUAUUUUAAAGUCCUAAAGAAUAUGAUUAAUUAGAUUUAAACCAUAAAAUAAAUUUGAGAAAUAUUAACUCUUAAUAUUAUUCUGAAUAAGUAUAUAAAAAUUAAGAGUUCAAUAAGCCAUUAAAUUGCUUUUGUGGGGCAGCUUUUAAAAAAAGUGGCAUAUAUUACCAUAUUGAUAAAUGGCAUGCAUUUGCACCAUAUGUAUGGCUUUGGUAAGUUGAAUAUACAUUUCAUUAAUGA